AUGCUACCGCGCCGCCGGGAAAGUUCGGGCUACCACGACGUCCGUGCGCGCCCCUCCGGCGCCUUCUCAGCCGAGAUCCAGUCUGAUGAGAUGCGCCUCGGCCUUGGCAUAUUCGACACCGCCCACGAGGCCGCCCGCGCGUACAACGCGGCGGCGUGGCGCCUCUGGCGGCCUCGUAGGGAGAUGAACGUCCCUGAGGUGGCGACAUGGGAGCAGGCGCGGGAGCUCGCGCCUCCCCACGGCUUGUCAUCGCGAGGACCGUCGCGACAACCGAAGGCGGGAGCGCCGCCCCGGCAUCGCUGA